GAAAUUGCACAUAUACUGGGACUGACUGCGCUCGCCCGCUCGCUGGAUCCUCCACACUCUGUUCCAUUUAGUUUGCAUCGCCCCGCACCAUUUCUUGCGAAAAAAAAUAGGCCUUAUUUGCUUCGUUUGUCCCGCAACGAAACGAGCAAACCAGAUAGUGCAGUUUUUUCCUAAGUUGUUAAAAGUUUAGGCGUCUUAUUCGGAGAUACGCUCGGCGGAAUGUCCCUGGUGGAAGGCGAGGUAAAACUAUCGCAUCGUACGAGAAAACGCGUCCGGGAGGUCAAACGGAAGGCUCGACCAGAACUCGCCGACAAGACCGCUUGGGUACAGCUGGAGUACCACAGGAAGUUCGACAAGUUCCGGGAGUUUGAGGACAACGUCGAGCGGAUUAACGUCAAUGAUGUCUCGCCGCAGGAGUUUAUCGAUAGGUACGAGGCCAUCUACAAGCCGGUGGUCAUCGAGGGGAUACAGGAAGGCUGGAAGGCGGAGUACAAGUGGACCCUGGAGCGGUUGGUCAAGAAGUAUCGUAAUCAGAAGUUCAAGUGCGGCGAAGACAACGAUGGCUACAGCGUCAAGAUGAAGAUGAAGUACUACAUCGAGUACAUGCAGAGCACGACAGACGAUAGCCCGUUGUAUAUAUUCGAUAGUAGCUUUGGGGAGCAUCAUCGUCGGAAAAAGCUCCUGGAGGACUACGAUAUCCCGUUAUACUUCCGGGAUGAUCUGUUCCAAUAUGCAGGCGAGGAGCGACGACCACCGUAUCGGUGGUUCGUGAUGGGACCGGGCCGCUCCGGGACGGGAAUUCAUAUCGAUCCGCUGGGCACCAGCGCUUGGAAUGCUCUGGUGAGCGGUCACAAACGGUGGUGUCUGUUCCCUACCCACACGCCAAAGGAACUGCUCAAGGUUACCGGAGCCAUCGGGGGCAAACAGAGGGACGAAGCAAUCACGUGGUUCAACCUGAUCUACCCGAAGACGAAGCAACUGGACUGGCCGAGCGACUGUAAACCGUUGGAAAUCCUGCAAAAACCGGGCGAAACUGUGUUCGUCCCGGGUGGCUGGUGGCACGUGGUUCUCAAUAUGGACGAUACGGUUGCAGUGACUCAGAACUUUUGCAGCAAAACCAACUUUCCCGUCGUGUGGCAUAAGACUGUCCGCGGGCGGCCGAAACUCUCCAAAAAAUGGCUGAAGGUGCUUCAGGAAGUGGACCCGGAUCUGGCGAAGGUCGCAGGGAAAAUCGACGUUGGACAAAGCACCGGCGUGGCGUCGGAUAGCUCGAGCAACUCCAGCUCAUCGUCUUCCAGCUCGAGCAGCGACGAAAGCGACAGCAGCAACACCGACAGCGGCCAGGAAUCGCUGUCUGCGCACAAGACCAAGAAGCGCCGGAAAACCGGCGGAAUGAUGGCUUGAUUAAUACUGUAAGUCGGGAGGAAGUUCUUUCAUUUGAUAUGCUUUUCACUAUAUCAGGAUCAUUUUUUUUUUUUGUCGAAUAACGUAACCGACGGUGAAUUUGAAUUUUUGUGAAAGCAUAAGCAAACCUUUGAACGGCUAUUUCUCGCAAGCAAGGAAACGGCCAAGUAUUACACACAUCCCUGAACAGAAAACAACUGAAAUCAAUAGGUUUACUAAUUUAUAUUGGCUUAGACAACAAUAGUAGACAAAUAUGAAUUGAUAACUAAUAACUUGUAGUUUAGUAAAACAAAGAAGCAAGAAGCAAAGCAAAAGUGCGUAGCCAAAUUAGGAUAUGAUAGGCACCAACCAAUUGGUAUCUCUGAGAUUAAAAGCCAGAACUAUUGAACUGACAAAUACACAUGAACUGGAACGAGGAUCGGAACCGCAAUCGCAAUCGGCACAAUUAACUACUGACCACUAUCAUUAUUAGCUAAAAAUAACAAAAGCAUCUCAUUAUCUACUAGUGGCAGCUGAGUCACAAUACUGGCGAGCGAAAAUCCAAAAAAAAAAUCAUCAUCAAACACUGAAACUCAAAAUUCGGUAUUUGUGCCUUGAGAGAAUAUGGAAGAUAGGAUCACAAUCACAUCAAUCAGAAAAAAGUUGGAUAGGAAGCAAAGUUAAAGGAGGUUAGAAUUUAUUGAAUACAAAAGAAAGGGUAGUGACGACAAUUACUACUAACA